AUGGCGUCCUGGUACUCCAACAUCCUCACAAACACCACCUCCCGCAUCACAAACCUCCAGCGCCAGGUCUUCGCCUCCGAGGCCGACGGCGACACAGAGGACGACACACACGUCUGCCGUGUCCUGCGGCAAUACUACACCGAGAACGGCCGCCCGUUACCCAACUGGCUCCCACCCGACCCAAAGGCGCCCCCUCCGCCAGCCCCUAUCGUCCAGCAGAACACUGGCCCGUCCAGGUAUGGUGCACCACAGCAGGGAGCUCAGGGCGGGUUGAGCAGUCUGUGGGACAACAACCGCGGGGCGGGAAGGGGCUCUCCAGCGGCGAACAGCCGGAACCCCUUCGCGCGAAACGCCGCGACGCCGGAUCCGGGGCGUGAGGCGGUCCAGGCGCGGCCACUGCCUAGCCAGCGGGCGGGCAGCGUGCAGAGCAACAGUAUGGACAUGGGAUCUCCAGCAGCAGGAGGAGGAGGAGGAGCGUCGAGUGCGCAGGACAGGCUGCGGCAGCGGCUCUACGGGGGUGGUGCUAGGACCACAUCGCCUUCCAGCUCCACGGGGCCGUUCGCGCCGCCUCCUGCGCAGCAAGGGGGCGGUGGCAUGUCGUCGCGGAACCGUGGAGGCUCUGCAGCAACCGCGGGCAGUGGUGAUUACGAUCCUUAUGGUCCAGGAGGCCAGUUCGACUCCAAUAGCGGUGGGGGAGGAGGAGGAGGUGGUGGUGCUGGCAGUCGGUACGGUGGUCUGCCGUCUGGACCAAGGAGGAUGGGCGGGUUACCAAGUGGCCCGAGGAUGAGAUAG